GGAUAAAACGCACGGGGCACCUUGUAGAGACCUGGGUACCGCUCCAUGUCUUUGGGGUGGUGAGCUCCAUCCGAGGGUGUCGUGGUGAUCCAAGCAAGCAAGCAAGCAAGCAAGCAAGCAAAGGAGCCAGCUCAUUCACAGCAACAGAGAGUUGAAGCCCUGAUAAAAAUGCCUGCUCAGAAUAAAGAGGAUGGAGGAGGAUGGAAGAAGUUCUUGUGGAAUUCCGAUACAAGGGAGGUCCUCGGACGCACCGGUGGGAGUUGGGCAAAAAUCCUGCUGUUCUAUGUCAUCUUUUAUGGCUGCCUGGCUGGAAUCUUCAUUGGCACCAUCCAGGCCCUUCUUCUCACCUUGAGUAACUACAAACCCACCUGGCAGGACAGAAUUACUCCUCCAGGACUGACCCACUCCCCUCAUUCAGAAAAAUCAGAGAUUACCUUCACUGUGAAUGAUCCAACUACAUAUACGGAAUCCAUAAAGACCAUGAAAGAGUUCCUGCAGGCUUACAAUGAUGAAACCCAGCGUGACCAACUGAAGUUUGAGGAUUGUGGAGAGCAACCUGAUGGCUAUAAGAACAGGGGAGAUCUGGAGAGUGAAAUAGGUAUUAGGAAGGCAUGUCGAUUCCCAAAGGAUAUUCUUGGGCCUUGCUCAGGCACUAAGGAUCAGUAUUUUGGCUUCAGUGAGGGAAGACCCUGUCUGAUUGUCAAACUCAAUAGGAUUGUGAAUUUUAGACCAAAGCCCCUACAAUCCAAUGAGAGUAUCCCAGAGGAGGUCAAGUCCAAAGUCCAACCUAAUGUGAUACCUCUCCACUGCACAAGUAAAAAAAAAGAAGACGAAGAUUUGCUUGGGCAAGUGGCAUACUACGGCAUUGGAGGAGGCUUCCCUCUCCAGUAUUAUCCUUACUACGGCAAGCUCUUGCACCCACACUACCUACAGCCUUUGGUGGCCAUUCAGUUCAUAAACAUAACCAUGAACCAAGAGAUACGUGUCGAGUGCAAAGUGUAUGGUGAGAACAUCCUGUACAGUGACAAAGAUCGCUACCAGGGGCGUUUCGAAGUUAAAAUGAAGGUAAACAACUUUUGACCUCCAUUAUGAGCACAGCACCAUUAAUCUCUCCCAGUUUUAAGGAAAAGUAAGAACCAUUUUUUUGACUUGAGAUAUGCAGAUACCAGACACUAUUUCCCCACUGGUCUUCCACAGUCUCACUGAGAGAAAGCGUUUAUCGAUAUACAAAUGUCUCCUGUCAGAAAGUGCCCAAGGAUACUUUAAAAAGUUUCAAUAAUUAGUCUGUAAUGAACUAUAAUGUGGGAUCUAAUGUUAAUCUGCUUCAAUGCAAGAUUUUCUGCUUCUGUAUAGAGUUAGAAUGCAAAUGCUUGAAGGACAAGUCAUAGCAUAUUAGACUACUCUAAUAACAGUCUAUUCUAAAACUAGACUAUUCUAAAAAAAAAAAAAAAAAGAAAAGAAAAAAAAAGUCAAUGAUCUAAGGGACAUUUAGUCCACCCUGAAUAUAGUCAACACGGUUUAUCCCUCUGUUCCUGUACUGCCACCUUGUGUGGCUUUCUUCCAAUAUAACAUUGCAUGAUAUUUGCAUAGGUAGGUUGUUUCAAACCAAGCCAAUCUGGUCUAGCUUUGUUAACUGUGCAAUUACAAAUUUGUUCUUAUUCACUGUCAACACAUAAACACUGUACUGUUUGCUUUUGCUAUUUCAGAGGUUUUAAUAAAUACACUUUACGUUUCUAUUUCCUUUGAAAUUACAGUGGACAGGAAUAAUUUUUAUUUUUGAUUCUUUUUUUUUAUUUCAUCACUGAAUGUAUGUACAUAUUACCUUUAAAUGUAAUACUCUUUAAUCUGUGUUGGAAGUACUGAGGUUAAUGUUUUUUUCUUCUUGAUCAAUCGAUCAAUCAAAAAAAACAAGGUUUUAGAAGUGUGUAUAAGAAGAUACAGUUCUGUAAUUGCACAUUAUUAUUUUUGCAAGAAACGUGUGUAAUAAUACCAAAACCAUUAUUAAGACAAUAUAAAAAAAUAUUAUAAUCACUGCAGUGAUCCAUCUGUAAAAUGUUUUGUAGAAGUGUGCAGUCAGUGUCUACCAUCAAACAUCUGUCACUCCCUUUAAUUCUUAUGCUGAAAUUUCCCAAAAGCACAGCAUAAAGAUAUUUUUAGAUUGUAGAGAAAGUGUAAAAAAAAAAAAAUUUCUCUAAAAGUUGAGAUGAUGUGCACAUUGCUUUGGGGUAAAAGCAAAUUCCCUGGAUGGAAUGAACCAAGAUAAAAUAAAAGGAGAAACAAACAA